AUGUUCUUCUGUGCCAUCUCCGGAUCUCCGCCUACGAACCCUGUCGUCUCCAAGACGUCGGGCACCGUCUACGAGAAGGCGCUGAUCGAGCGGUACAUUGAGGAGAAUGGCACUGACCCGAUCUCGGGAGAGGCGCUGACGAUGGAGGAUCUUGUGGAGGUCAAGGCCAAGCCGUCCACUCUCCCUCCUCGCGCUGCGACGCAGACGUCGAUCCCUGCGCUCCUCACUGCCCUCCAAGGAGAAUAUGACUCGAUUAUGCUCGAGUCGCUCGAGAUCAAGAAGGCUUUCCAGGCGCAGCGCGCAGAGCUCGCAAAUGCGCUGUACCGCGAGGACGCGGCAACGCGCGUGAUUGCGCGGUUGAUGGCUGAGCGCGAUGAGGCACGGAGCGCGCUGCAAUCCAUCCAGGCGACGGUCGGGGUCGCCGCUGGUGGGGCGGAGGAUGUGGAGAUGGAGGCUGAGACCUCGGGGCCGCUUCCUCCAUCCGUGGAGGAGAAGAUUAUGGAGACGAACGCAUCCCUCUCGGCAGUACGCAAGAAGCGCAAGCUGGCGCCUGGAUAUGCCAACGCCGAGGCCGUCCAGGGGUACACGCAGACCAAGUCGAUCGGGUCGAUGCACGGCACCAAGCCGCCAGGAGUGACUGCAUUGGACCUUGCAGCGGACGGGAAGACGGUCGUUACUGGCGGCAACGACAAGGUUGUCCAAGUGUACGACCUGGAGAGCGACAAGGUGCUCGGCACGCUCAAGGGCCACACCAAGGCGGUGACUCACGUUGCGUUCCGCGAGAAGGAGGGAGAGGCGCUGUUGGCCGUGUCGAGCGGUGCGGACAAGACCGUGCGGUUCUGGGGCGAGAAGGACGGGAAGUGGAGUGCACACGGCAGCAUCGCUGCGCACAAGGGCGACGUCACAGGCCUGGCUGUGCACCCCUGCGGGUUGUACGUCUCGUCUGCGUCUACGGACAGCACCUGGAUGCUGCACGACAUUGACACGGCCAAGACUAUCGCGACGUACGGUGCUCCCGAGGGUGUGGAGGGCAGCUUUGCAUACACGUCCUUCGCGACACACCCCGACGGCGUGCUCGCCGCGGGCGGCACCAAGGACGGCAUCGUGCGUGUGUGGGAUGCGCGGCAGAACUCGGGACCUCAGGCCAAGCUCGACUCGCACCCAGGAAAGGCGCUGUCGAGCGUCGCCUUCUCCGAAAACGGCUACUACCUCGCGACGGGCUCGGCAGCAGACAACACCGUCAACGUGUUCGACCUGCGCAAGCUCAAGCUCUUCUCGAGCUGGCAGCUCCCGACUGAAAACGUCGUCACAGAGGUCCGCUUCGACCCUUCGGCCCAGUUCCUCUCGGUUGCGGGCACUGACCUGCGCGUCUAUGCCAACAAGUCGUGGAACGAGCUCCUCAAGUUUGACGACAACAACGCCAACCUCACAGCUGCACGCUUUGGCAAGCUCGGCAGCGAGAUCGUACUUGCCGGCCUCGACCGCACGGUGCGCAUCCUUGGGGCCGCCGCCUAG